GGCUCGGCUCGCUCUCGGUCGCUGGUGUCGUUGGCCGUGGCCCCCGAGUUGGUCGGUGCUGCAGUCCAGUCAUCUGCAGAGAAGACUCUCCGACGACCGAGCAGAGCAGGUAGCCGGCUCGCGAGCGAACACAGCCGACAAGCUAGUCGAACGUAAAAAGAGAGAAUUUUCCCGGGAAAGGCCAUGUGUCGGUUGAAGAAGUGUGGUGGUGCCGCAAAGACACUUCUAGUGCUCGCUGUCGGACUUGUGCUCGUGGCCCAACCGGCCCUCGGGGCGCCCAGGAAGAGCGUCAAGCAGAAGCUGCAGGAGGACCCCGAACUUUCUCAGUUCUACCUGUUACUAGAACAGAAUGUGUUGGCCAACUUCACGCUCAAUUUCCACAAAGCGACUUUCUUUGCUCCCACAAACGAGGCUUUCCAAAGGUUCAAGGGACCAGUAGACGAUAAACUCAUCCUGUAUCACAUCGCCUCUGGCGUGUCGCAGACCCUGGACAAGCUGAGCGACACUGUGACCACUUCGUACGAUGGCUCGCCACCUCUCUGGGUCACCAGACUGCAGAAGGGCAACACCAACAAAAAGGAGCUUUUCAUCAACAACGCCAAGGUCCUGGAAAAGCGAUCCAACUUCCAGGGCGUCAACUCGCAGAACUCACCACAGGUCCUCCAUGUGAUUGACGAAGUGCUUGUGCCUUUGACGUCAGUUUCAACUGACACUUCGGUCGACAAUCCCGAUGCUGCCGGUUUCCUUGCCCAGUCAGAGAGCGUCCAAUUAGGAUCCCACCGAGUCAGGUCCUUCCGCCAGAGGGUUAAUCAGAAUCAAAAAGAAGCCGUCUUUAAGGCGGGAGGCGGAAACACCUUCUUCAUCCCCGUCGACGAAGGCUUCAAGCCACCCCCGAGGCCGGAGAAGAUUGACAUGAAAGUAAUUGACGGCCAUGUCAUCCCCGGUAGGGUGCUUUUCAUCAGACCUACCCCCACCGGAGAGGAAUUCGACACCCUGGCUUUUACGGACAAUAUUCGAGUGCAGGUUUCUUUCUCCACUCAGCCCGACGAUAAAUCACACAGAGCGUACGUGAGCAGCAACACAGUUGUAGGAGACAAUAGCCAUCCGACGGGAGUCGUGAUGGCCGAAAUCGUUCACGCCAACAUUCCCGUCAAGAACGGAGUCGUCCACCUGAUUCACCGGCCCCUUAUGGUGGUCGACACCACUGUCACACAAUUCCUUCAGUCGUUCAAGGGCAUUGUGAGUGAAAAGGAAGAUGGCCCUCUGAAUAAGCUGUAUGAAGUGAUCAUGGACCACGGAGGAGAAUUCAUGACGCAGAUCACCAAUAUGAAGUCGCUGACCCUGUUUGCCCCUUCGAACGCCGCCUGGGCAAACGCCAACCUUAACAACAUCCUGCAGACCAAGGACAAGGUCAAGGAGAUUCUAAGGAUGCACCUGGUUGCUGAGAAACUGCCCCUUGAGACCAUCCUCAGCGAGAAUAUCAUUCAGGUCGAGUCGGCUGCCGCACGCAAAAAUCUGUAUUUCAACGUGAUCAGACACGGUCACAACGAGACUUUGACCGUUGAGGGCGGCGGAGUCAACGCCACCGUCGUUCAGCCCAAUAUCGCCGCCACAAACGGCAUUGUGCACAUCAUUGACCGCGUUCUUGGCAUCCCUUACUCCACUGUCGGCGAAAAGCUGGCCACAGACCCCGCACUCAACAAAACCUUCUGGCUCGCACAGAGUGAAAGGUUCAACGAGCAGUUGAACAACCCUCACAAGAGGUUCACCUUCUUUGUGCCCCGGGAUGCGGCUUGGGAGAAGGCUGAGCUGCACUAUCCAUCGACCCAUAAGAAGCUCUUCAUGAGAGACUUCCAGUAUCACGCCAAGUCGAUUCUGGAGCGCCACCUCAUUGUGGACCAAGCUUUCACUAUGGCUGAGCUGAAAGACCUCUUCCAGCGCAACGAGUCGGCUGUUCCGCACACCGUGCGCGACGUCUUGCACAUCAAGGUCAAGGAGAUCGAUAAAACUGAAGCCGAGACAGGGGAAGCCGGCUACUACAUCGAGUGGCAAGGCGAGCGCAUCCUCGUGUCCAGACCCGACGUCGAAUGCACCAACGGCAUCAUCCACGUGAUCGACUCUGCGCUGCUGCGGGACACUGACGUCUACGUGACUGGCGGCGUGCGCGGCUUAGGCCCCGUCAUGUCUGUGCUCACCCUUCUGUUAGCUGCCACCCUUGCCUUCUAAGACAGAAAUCACCCGCCAGCCAAACAAAAUUUGAGUCUCAAUCUUUUGAUCGUUGAAUGUUGCUGCUGCUGCUGCUACUUAAAGUUUUCAUUCUCCACAUUUUAGCUCAGACCAUUCGAAAGAAUUUUAUAAUGAUUUCUAGUGAUUGUUGGCAAAUUGAAUGCUGAUUUUCUGAGUAGCAAGCACACACACAUACAGACAAACACAUUCACCUCAGUUAAUUGUAUUGUAUUUAUAUAUUGUUUUUUAAGUUGUUUGUUUUUCCAAGGGCAGACUCGGAGAUUUGUGAUUUGAAAUCACACAAACGCGAGGGGCUGUUGAAUCGAUUUUGCUGAAUCAAAAUAGCUGGAAGUUCUCCUCAUUUACAAAGCCAUUCCACUCUGUCCUGGCACUUAUUUUGAUUUGGCCAAAGCUUUCCAGCCCAGUCGUUGAGCAUUUUAAGUUGUGACUUUGAGGGUCUGCGCUUUUGAUAGUUAGGCGGAUUUUAAUUCCCCACUGGAAAAAUGGAGUUCAGUAUUCUGAGAGUUGAUGAGCCAGGCUCUCUUGAGAACUGCCAGCCAGGAACGGUGAUUGUCCCUGGAAGCGAAGCAAGAGCUCUGAUGUUAGUUAGGGUUACAAAGGCAGGCACGCGCUGUACAUUCCCUUAAAUAAAAACUAUGCUGCUGGAGAGCGUCGAAAAGUCGAGAGCGAACGAGAUCUUAGGUCAAUUUAUCUCUUUCGUUUGUAGUUUUUGCCGUUGGAUCAGCAGGAACCAUUAGUUUUGGCCUAAGAACUGAAGAAAAAAAAUUCACACACAAACACACUUUCACACGGAAAAAUGUAUCAAGCUUGUCAUCGGAAAAUGGAUGCAGCUUUUGAGACGAAUAAUUCAAUUAAUACCACGACCACUGCUGUUGCCGCGCUUUAAAUAUUUGCAAUAAAACUUAACCUUUAAGAGGUUCAAAUGACGAAAACUGACGUGAGGAAAUUGAGAAAAAGCAAGCUUGAUUGUACGACACUCACUACUCUGCUUGAUUGCUGAGCUUUCGGCAGCAAUUUAAAUCAAAGCAGAUCGAUGGACGAACUAAAGCCUCGUUGGUUUUGUUGCUCGUGUAUUUUUGAGUGGAAUAUUUGUUUUCAUUGGUUGGUCCCCCAACUCAAUAUCGUAGCAGCAAGUAAAACACAGAAAAUAUUAAUGGUGUGCGCUCCGUUCAAAAGUAUGCCGAACUGUAUGUGAAUUUGAUGGACACCCGGAGUAAUCCGACACAAAAUAUCAGUAAAUGGAAGAAAUUACAUGUGGAUAUUUGCCUUUCCUUCUGUCUAUAAUUAAUAAUUCUGGAUGUAAAGCAAAACAUGAUUGAGUGCUAUUCACCACUUAACAAGAGAGAAAGAACCUUUGUUGUUUAGUUUAGACAAAACUGUUUCCACAAAAAGCGCCUGAAUAGCACUCAUUUUAUAUUUUGUAUGCGAAGAGGAUGUGUACGACAAAUGAUAUUAUUAAAAUGAUAAUUAUUCAGUUGACUGCUCUACAGCUUAAAAAGUCGUCGAUUUAAGAGUAAAAUAUUGACAUGGUUGUGUAGUCAUUCGCUAAAUGAUGAUGAUUAUUUUUAAGAUGCACCGAUAAAAAUCUGAAAAAAAAACAAGCUAGCGUAAUAUUUGAUCACAAUUAUUUUACAGCAAUUGAUUGACAGACAAAAGAGGUCUUAAGAAAAAAAAUAAUUGAUUGUGAUCUUGCCUGUUGAUUGAGAGAAAAAAACGCUAAACGAGCGCUGUUUAUUUCACUACCAAAGCUUGAAAAGUAGUUAAACUGCUGACGAAAAAAAGAUUAAUAACGCGAAAAGAAAUUCAGUGCGUGAGUGGAGAUUUUUGUAUAGAGCAUAAUGGUGAAGCUACAGCAAAAUGUAAGAAGCUUAGUGUGACUGCCGCUGCACUUUCUUCUUCAUCGUCUAGCCAUUUUAUUGUUUGAUCCAUUCUGGACGUGCAUAAUGAUUCAUUAUUUUUGUAUAAAUAAAACGCGCGUGGGUAACACUUGCCGCUGAUAGGAGGCCGAGAGUCUCUUAUUAAGUGGAUAUUGAAAACGAGCCCGGGUGUUGAAUGAUUCUUUUACGACAAAACUUGAACACACUGUUGUUUACUCAAUUUCAUCUCAAAAUGUAAUGUUGUAUGCAAAAACACUCAAAUUUAAAUAUUGUAUCACCAAGUCACCACCAAAAGUGAAUUAAUUUUAUUGUCAGUCGAGUGAACUAAAUUCUGAAUGGAGUAAAUUCAAUAAAACAUGAUUGUGAGGAAUUUCGUAAAAUACCAAUCUAACUCCUGCGGUAAAAAAACGUGUUGUGUCAGAUCAACAGAGUUAAAUAUUGAAUAUGACGAUAAAUUAAUCCACCAGCUUGCGGUAUUUGUGAAAUUGUAAAAUUUUAAAUAGGCGAUUAAAAUUUGGAAACAGAACAAAA